ACAGUGUUGUUGAAGGGUGUUUCUGGAGACGGACUAGAGAGUAUCUGACUCACCACCGUAUGUAUGAAUGUGUAUCUGUGUGUCUUUGGGGAGGGCGCUGACGUUACGGGCAGAGUUAAAAAAGACAAGCGGGGAGGGGGGCGGGAGAUUUAUUUAUUUCUGCUCGAGUCGGAGAAGCAUGCAGCAGUCUGAUACACUCUCUGGUGAUAUUUUUGCACACUCACGUACACACACACACACACACACACACACACGCAGAGGAAGAGAGAGAGUGCAGAAGCAACGGGCAGGGCACCGCAACAAGACACGGAGUGGACAGACGACAAACUGAAGAGAACAGGACGGGCACGCAGAGAGGGAGAGGAGAGAGGGAGAUCCAAUGUAACUUCCAACGGGAACAAGAGACGGGCGGAUUGUAAAAGGGACGGAAGAAUAUAUUAUUUCGGGAGGCAACAUCCAUCUCCAUCUGCUGAAGCAGGCACGGGCAAGGAAUUAAUGAUAAGAUCACUGUGCAGGAGGCACGGCCACUGAGCGGCCGCCAGUCAAAGCUUUGAUAUCAACUGCAAGGAAAUUUUACUUUGCAUUGCAUUUUAUAUUCUGGAAUUAAUAGAAAUUGUCGCCUCUGCCGGAGUUUCUCCGUUGGUCUGUCCACUCUGUGUGUGUGUCUCUCUCUAUCUAUAUGUAUUUUUCUCCCCUGUUUUCUUGCGUCUCUUGCAGCCACAUGGAAUAAUGAGGAGUGCGGCUUUCUUGCUCUGUGCCCUGCUACUGUGCACCGCCUGGCAACCCUCUUCCCCGGAGCGCCAGAGGUACCAGCGCCGAGGAGGAGCGGUCAGAGCGGCCGACUGGCGCCCUCACAACAAGCCGGCCAAGAUCGGGCAAACCUACAGCUCUCGCCUCAAGCGUAAAGGGCUGGCGGUGGACUUCACCUUCUCGCCUUUCUUCCGCAACUACCUGUUACAAUUCUUCGGGCGGGCGAGGAACGCCGACUGCCGCCUGGUGCUGGACUGCGAUGUGCUGGGCUCUUCCCUGGAGGAGGGAUACCCACCGGCGAGGGCCGACAGCUUCCCGGACUUGCCCUCUCCCCCUCCCCCGCCCCCCUCCAAGCGGAGAUCCAAGAAGCAACCCAACCAGGUAGUGCUGGAGGUGGGAUGGGCGGAUACCGCCCGCUGCGGCCACGGUGGCGACCCCGGCACAUCCCUCCUGAUCUACAACCUGACCCAAGUGUUUCUGCGCUGGUCCGCUUCCACCGAGGGCAGACUGAGGAUCAGGCUCAUGCCCGAGAAGAGAACAGUGGCCAGAUACCCAAAGAGGGAGGAAAUCAUCUCGGCAGCUAUCAGGAGCUCGGAACCCCGGGUUUGGCUUCAAAUCUCCUUUGCAGCAUCUGGAGUAGCACAAUUUGAAGAAAACAAGGAGAUUGCAAAUAAUAACCUAACUACCUGGAAUUUUACUUGGCUGCUAAAGGAUGAGACACCUUUGUCUACCUAUCAAAGACCACAGGAAUUCUACUGUGAUUUUGAGACAGAUUGUGAGCUGGAGUACUCCUCUGAUGGUGACAACGGAUUGACAGGCUGGGUAACUGCAACACCACAGGAUCUUGCCCUGAUCACUGAGACUCCUGUACCAGAUCAAGAUUACUCUGAGAAGUCAAGUGAAGGUAAGGGCAUCACUGCCAGCAUGAUAUAAUCCAACAGGGAGAAAUACAGAUGCUUCACUCUAUUAAUUGUACAGGUUAUCAAAUCAAGAAAAUGUCCAAAAGGCAUGCAGAAAUAUAGUUCCAGUUAUUUCUGUAGAUUGGUUAUUUCCUAUUAACCAAUGGGAGUGAUUUUUUGUAGUGGCUCCCCCUAAUAUGUGAUUUAUAUUACCAAGAUCUUGCUUGCGUAAUGAAGUCUGAGUAUCUGCAAGUUACUGUAAUGUCCUGCAGACCAGUGCUGUAAGUGGACUUUAAUAAAUAUGUGUUCUGUCUUGACGUGUGUGCGACUUGACAUUACAUGGUGUCAGAAGUGGGAUGCGAACCCACGCCUCCAAUUUGAACCUGAACAACAUUACGCCCAGAUUGAAAAUGAAUUGCUUGCAGUGGUUUUUGCCUGCACGAAAUUCAAAGACUUUAUUUUAGGGAAGUCUGUAAUUAUAGAAACAGACCACCAGCCGCUGGUCACCAUCUUGAAUAAACCCAUUCACGCUGCUCUGGCUUGCCUGCAACGGAUGAUGAUGCAGCUGCAGCCUUUUGAUUUUAACAUUUUCUAUAAAGAAUGUCUUGUCAUUGUCUAUAAAGUUUGGCUCGUCAAACCCGUGCUGCCCUGCCUGUACCCCAGCAGCUUCUGCAGCCAAAGGUUCAUUCUCCACCCGCAGUCCAGAAACUUGUUGAACUACAAUUCAAGCGCGAUGCACAAAAACGUUUUUUCGACAAGUAAGCCACUUAAACCUCUCUCCAGUGGACAGGUUGUUUGCCUCCAGACCAACAAGGGCUACGGCCGUCUGGGUCACAUCCACAGCCCUGCCAAAGAACCGCGCUCCUACCUGGUUAGCGAGGACGGGGCCAUUUACAGACGCAACCAUCAACAUCUCCUUCCUGUGAAGGAACCGCAUCCUGCG